GGGGCAGGAAGUCUCGUGAGCCUGAGUCAGGGGCGGAGGGGGGGAGCCGCUGCCGGGCGCGGGCGGCGGCGAUGGCGCUGGAGACCCUCUCUCCGGACUGGGAGUUCGACCGCCUCGACGACGGCUCGCAGAAAAUUCAUGCCGAAGUGCAGUUGAAGAAUUACGGAAAAUUUCUUGAGGAAUAUACAUCUCAGCUGAAGAGAAUUGAAGAUGCUUUGGAUGACUCUGUUGGAGAUGUUUGGGACUUCAGUCUUGAUCCUAUUGCAUUAAAGCUUUUGCCAUACGAACAGUCCUCCCUACUGGAGCUCAUAAAGACAGAAAACAAGGUUCUAAACAAAGUAAUAACUGUGUAUGCUGCUCUUUGCUGUGAAAUCAAGAAGUUAAAAUAUGAGGCAGAAACUAAAUUUUAUAAUGGCCUCUUGUUUUAUGGAGAAGGAGCCACAGAUUCCAGCAUGGUGGAGGGAGAUUGCCAAAUACAGAUGGGAAGAUUUGUUUCUUUCUUGCAGGAGCUGUCUUGCUUUGUUACCCGAUGUUACGAAGUGGUGGUGAAUGUAGUGCAUCAGUUGGCUGUUCUCUAUACCAGCAACAAGAAUGCACCUAAAAUUAUAGAGACAUCUGGAGUUCAUUUUCAGGCAAUGUACGAGCAUCUGGGAGAGUUGCUGACAGUCUUAAUCACUCUGGAUGAAAUAAUUGACAAUCAUGCCACUCUGAAAGAUCACUGGACCAUGUAUAAGAGGCUGCUAAAAUCUGUCCAUCACAACCCUUCUAAGUUUGGGAUUCAAGAAGAUAAACUGAAGCCAUUUGAAAAGCUACUCUUAAAACUGGAAUGCCAGUUGCUUGAUGGAAUGAUAUUUCAGGCCUGUAUAGAGCAACAAUUUGAUUCUGUAAAUGGUGGAGUGUCAGUAUCGAAGAAUAGCACGUUUGCUGAAGAAUUUGCUCAUACUCUUCGCACAGCUUUUGCAAAUGUUGAAGCCAAACUUGGUGAACCUUCAGAAAUUGACCAGAGAGAUAAAUAUGUGGGCAUCUGUGGCCUCUUUGUACUGCAUUUUCAGAUUUUUCGGACCAUAGACAAGAAAUUCUACAAGUUAUUGUUGGAUGUCUGUAAAAAGGUACCAGCCAUCACAUUAACUGCUAACAUUAUCUGGUUUGCUGACAACUUCCUGAUUCAGAAGAUACCAGCUGCUGCCAAACUUCUGGACAAGAAAAGUAUUCAUACAGUUAAAAUGCAAAGGGAGAACUUUCUACAGCAGAAGGCACAGUCACUUACCAAAGAUAUGCAGUCAUACUAUGUUUUUGUGAGCUCAUGGAUGACAAAAAUGGAAUCUAUCUUGUCAAAGGAGCAACGUGUCGAUAAAUUUGCUGAAGAUCUUUCUAACCGCUGCAAUGUCUUCAUCCAGGGUUUUCUUUAUGCAUACAGUCUUAGUACCAUCGUUAAAACUACAAUGAAUCUCUACAUGUCAAUGCAAAAACCUAUGACCAAAACCUCAGUGAAAGCUCUGUGCAGACUUGUGGAACUUCUGAAGGCAAUAGAGCACAUGUUUUACCGAAGAAGUAUGGUUGUGGCAGAUUCCGUGACGCACAUCGCUCAGCAUCUCCAGUAUCAGGCUCUUCACUCUAUUUCUGUAGCCAAGAAAAGAGUAAUUUCUGAUAAAAAGUACAGUGAGCAACGCCUGGAUGUCCUCUCUGCUUUGGUGUUGGCUGAGAACACCCUCAAUGGGCCAAGUACAAAACAGAGGCGACUAAUUGUUUCCCUUGCACUAAGUGUGGGAACACAGAUGAAAACUUUUAAAGAUGAAGAACUCAUUCCCCUUCAGUUAGUUCUGAAAAAACUAGACUUGAUCAGUGAACUUACAGAGCGAGUUCGAGCACAAUGUGACUGUCGUUUCUUAUACUGGCAUCGAGCAGUCUUUCCAAUCUAUUUGGAUGAUGUGUAUGAAAAUGCAGUUGAUUCUGCUAGACUGCAUUAUAUGUUUAGUGCACUACGGGACUGUGUACCUGCUAUGAUGCAGGCAAGACACUUAGAAUCUUACGAGGUGCUUCUGGAAUGCUAUGACAAAGAAAUCAUGGAAGUGCUCAAUGAGCAUUUGCUGGACAAAUUAUGUAAAGAGAUAGAAAAGGACCUGCGCUUAUCAGUUCAUACACACUUAAAGCUCGAUGACAGAAACCCCUUCAGAGUUGGUAUGAAGGAUCUAGCUCACUUCUUCUUUCUGAACCCAAUACGUUUUUUCAAUCGAUUCAUUGACAUAAAAGCUUAUGUAACUCACUAUUUGGACAAGACCUUCUACAACUUAACAACUGUAGCUCUUCAUGACUGGGCCACCUACAGUGAAAUGAGAAACCUAGCAACUCAACGCUAUGGUUUGAGUAUGACUGAAGCACAUCUUCCGAGCCAGACUCUGGAACAGGGUCUGGAUGUUUUGGAAAUCAUGAGAAAUAUUCAUGUUUUUGUAUCCCGCUACCUCUACAAUCUGAAUAAUCAGAUCUUCAUUGAAAGAACAAGUAAUAACAAACACUUGAACACUAUCAAUAUCCGACACAUUGCUAAUUCAAUUCGAACUCAUGGAACAGGAAUAAUGAACACAACAGUAAAUUUCACUUACCAGUUUUUGAGGAAAAAGUUUUAUAUUUUUAGCCAGUUCAUGUAUGAUGAACAUAUUAAAUCCAGACUUAUCAAAGACAUCAGAUUCUUCAGGGAAGUCAAGGAUCAAAAUGAUCACAAGUAUCCAUUUGAAAGAGCAGAUAAAUUCAACCGUGGCAUCAGGAAACUUGGAAUAACCCCGGAUGGCCAGAGCUAUCUUGACCAGUUCAGACAACUCAUAAGUCAAAUUGGCAAUGCUAUGGGUUAUGUACGAAUGAUAAGAUCUGGUGGACUUCACUGCUGUAGUAGUGCAAUUAGGUUUGUUCCUGAUCUGGAAGAUAUCGUUAACUUUGAAGAGCUGGUGAAAGAAGAAGGACUCUCGGAAGAAACACAAAAAGCAGCAAGGCAGUUGGACUCUGUCCUCGGUGACCUCGCGCGUAACUUUGCAGAAGGAACGGAGUACUUCAAAAUGCUUGUGGAUGUAUUUGCUCCUGAGUUCCGCAGUCCAAAGAAUAUGCAUUUGCGGAACUUCUAUAUAAUUGUUCCCCCACUGACCCUCAAUUUUGUAGAGCAUUCGAUCAGUUGCAAGGAGAAAUUGAAUAAGAAGAACAAAAGUGGAGCAGCUUUCACUGAUGAUGGGUUUGCCAUGGGUGUGGCUUACAUUCUGAAGCUUUUGGAUCAGUACCAGGAGUUUGAUUCUCUGCAUUGGUUCCAGUCUGUUAGAGAGAAGUAUGUGAAGGAAAUAAGAGCAGUAGCUAAGCAACAGAAUGUGCAGUCCACUAAUCAAGAUGAAAAACUACUACAAACUAUGAACCUUACACACAAGCGACUGGAAGUUUGUUUACAGGAAUUUGAACUCCUUUAUUUCUCAUUAAGUAGCGCAAGAAUUUUUUUCAGAGCAGAUAAAACUGCAGCAGAAGAAAACCAGGAAAAGAAAGAAAAAGAAGAAGAAUCUGUUAAAGCAAGCAAUGGAGAUCUUGCCAACUCUACGCCUGCAGAUCCUGUUGUGAAAUGAUAUGGCUGGUACGGGUGAUGAUUACAUACUCAAAUAAUUCAUGUUCUUGUCGUUACCAGUAACACUCUGUAGGGGUAAAAGCUCUAGAUUUACUUGCUCUGUUAAACCCAACAGAAAAUGUACAGUAGUAUGCUAGCACCCAGUGAGGCUAGGUCAGUGUUUGUCUAUAUUUCUGGUAGAAACUCCUAUUUUUCAGGAGUCUGCAUUAUUUACAGCACUUUCUUUAGAUUGAAAAUAAUUAUCUAAAAUGUUGACCUUGGAGGUAGUUAUUUUAAAGUACAGAUGUGCAGAUGAAAAAAAUGUUACUAAUUUUUAGAUGCAUUCUUGCAUCUCUAACAUAGCAUUAAAAAAAAAAAAGACUCAUAGGCCAUUGGGCUAAGAUUUGAACUGGUGCACCUCUUCAACCAGAAAAAAAGUGAAUCAAGAUAUUGUGUGUAUCUGUUGUCCAAAAAAGUAAUUCAGACUUGUUUUUACGCAGUCCUGUUGUAUUUAAUGCAGUCACAGAUUACACUGGAAGUAUAACAGUGUAUGUUGUGAGUGUAUGUUCAAGCUAUUACACAAAAUGGAAAUCCUUAUUAACGUUUUAUUCCACAAACCCUUAUUAUUCCUAUAGAUAUUAUUUGCACUGUGGGAACUUAGGAUCCUGUCAGGCAUUUAUUUUCCCCCGCUGUUUUUUCCCCCAUAUCAGAGAAUGGGAAAACCAGAAAAGUUAACAUAAUAAAUUACUUCUCAUUUCAUACCGAAGGUCUGAUUUGCAUCUACAGAAGUAAGGAAAUCCAGAGCCAAGACAGAACCACAAUCAGCUCUUCCUUUUAUGACCAGACACUGUGUGAUGGGUGUCUGUAACUAUUAAGUGAUCUUACACUUCAUGAAUAUGUUGUGCCUAAUUGCAAGUUUCAGCCUCAAUUCUGUAUUUCCUAGCCUUUGUAGGUCUGUUGUACCGUCUCUGUUGUUCAUACAGUCUUACAUGCCUGAUUAUUAACAAUAAUUGCACUGCAGGCUUCAGAAGCUGCUGAACACUGUGAGAACUCUGUAUAAAUACAACAUCUGUUAAUGCCUGCAAGUAGAGGUUCUAGAUUGUGCAAGAGUUACUCAGAUUUCUAACUUAAGUAGCUAGACUUGGCUUAAAAGUAAACACCACUUUCAUUAAAAGAUACAGUUGUGUUUAAUCUCCCAGAACAUAAAACACUUGUAGGACUUACUAACUAGAGUAAACUAUUCCAGUCAGUCCAACUGAGAAUUACUUUUUGGGGGGUUUUUUUGGCACUCUUAGCUAUAUUUUUAGACUGUACUUGCCAGCUUCUUUCAUCUCUUCCAAUUAUAAAAAAGACAAUGUUUUAAUGGUUCAAGUUGUUCCACUCACCCUUGGGUCGCUGGUUAAGACAACUCCUGACCUACUUCUGCUUUGCCCUUUCCUGCCAGUCACUUCAACAUUCAGAAAGCUAGGACAAAUGUUUUGUUGCAGCUGGAAAGACCAGACUGGUAUGAAAGUCCUUUCGUUGGUUCUGAAAACAUGACACACAAGCUUCAUGGACUGUUGAAAUCAGCUGGGCUCAUUAAAGUUUUUAUUUUUAAUUCAUUGUAACUGCAGAGACUGCCCUAAAGAAUGCUGCAUUACUUGAUUUGUAUUUUUGCUUUUUUAUUUUGAUAGUGUUUUUCUUUUUGUAAUUUGUGUACACUUCCUUUUUUGACCAAGUUGUGCUGGCACUGAACACUCAGUAGCACCGCUGAGAUCAGCAUUCUUGCUGCUGCUGUUAAUUUCCAUGCUGUUGCACUUGCAGUGUACGUAUUUCCAUAUUAUCUCAUCUGAAGUCAUAUAAAUCCUUGGCUUGGAGUGGCCAAGCACCAUGUUUCCUUCUUCCCCAGCAACUGCAGAAUCACAUGUAGAUGGUGUUCUGUUUCCCCCAGGAUGGACUUGCUUGGUAGCUAUGUACAGCCAAGGCGUGACCCGUGCUCUAGUAAAAUCUGCACUUGUAUUUUCCCUUCUGUUUUUUUGGAAAGACACUAUCUUGGAUAGGUAAUACUUUGCAGUUGAACAUAAAUUGAACUGCGCAUUUUCUUAAUGUAUGGUGGUUAACAAAUUCCUGUGGUUCUGGUGAUGGGAAGUCUACAGGAAAGACAUAAACCUGUUUUUAUAGAACCCUGUUUAAUCUGGGAGACCUGAAUGUAUACUUUGUGGCAAAAAUAUGCACAUGCACACAAAUAUGUACGGUGAUAACAGCUAUUCUUGCUAAAAUACAGGAUUGUAGUUUAUA